UAUCACACUGCCCAAACAGAUCCAAAACGCUCAGACCGAAACCCUAGCCGAUGACCCUGCAACUCCUUUGCUUAUAAAACCCCCCAAAACAUACUUUCGAACGCAUAAGCCCGGCGGCGACUCAAACCCUAGUCGACCCUUCGUAGGUGAACAUGGCGGUCCCGUUGUUGUCGAAGAAGAUCGUCAAGAAGCGGGUGAAGAAGUUCAAGAGGCCGCAGAGCGAUCGCAAGAUCUCCGUUAAGCCUAACUGGAGGAGACCGAAAGGUAUCGAUUCCCGUGUCAGAAGAAAGUUCAAGGGAUGCACUCUGAUGCCCAAUAUCGGGUACGGCUCCGACAAGAAGACCCGCCACUACCUUCCUAAUGGUUUUAAGAAGUUUGUAGUUCACAAUGUCAGCGAGCUCGAACUCCUUAUGAUGCACAACAGGACAUAUUGCGCUGAGAUUGCACACAAUCUCUCGACGAAGAAGAGGAAAGAGAUUGUUGAGCGAGCUGCUCAACUCGACGUGGUUGUCACGAACAAGCUUGCAAGGCUACGGAGCCAAGAGGACGAGUAAGCUGUUACUGAGCUUUGUAGAAUGUGAACAGUUCUUUAGAGCCUGCUUAGGCUAUAUAUGGGAUUAUAUGGCAGUUUUGUUUUCUACAUAGUACAGCUGACGGUAGUCUGUAUGAUGGGUUUUUGGCCAUCUGAUGAAUUUGUGUUAGAUAAUUAAAUUAGAUGUGGAGCCUAUAAGAGUUUCUAUUAAAUAGAGAAAAUACAUGUGUGAAACCUGUAAAAUAGCAGGUAGAUGGGCCGGUGUUCCGACACUCGUUCAGUUGAUAUGAUUUGGAAGUUAAAAGAACUAGUAGGCUACUACUGCCGUGACCAUUA